AUGGCUCCUUUUCUCCGCUGCAUAUUAAUCUUUUCAGCUCUUAUCACUGCCACCAUUUCCGUUCCUACUAGCGAGUCUUUCUCUCAUACCUCCCCGCAGAACAAACUCACCCUCACACCCCGAGAAAGACCGAGAGGGUCCUUUCGCAGACUUCGAGACGCUAUCAUCGAACGAAUAUGGUCCAUUCCGAGUCGAUAUUCCUACAAGCCCUCAUCCAUAGCCGGAGCAGCAAGGGCUCCAGACAACUUUCGCGCUCGCUAUGGCGGUGACGUUGUCCUCCGCUUCCAAAUCAAGACAGAAGAUGAGGCGAGGGCGAUUUCAGAAGCAGCAGACAUCUUAUACUUGGACAUCUGGGAAGCAACCAACGAAUGGGUUGAUAUACGUGUAGCAAAGGAAGUGGUUCCCUCUUUUGUUGGCCUUCUACCGUCCUCCUUGCACGAUUCCUACGUGCCAUUGAUGCACGAUCUUGCGCGUGCCGUCUACGAUACCUACCCUGCAUCGCCUCUUGCCAACGAGAAAAUUUCGGGCUUCACGACCCCACAUGACUGGAGGACAAAGGGGAACACGCCGCAUGAUCUAUUUUUCCAAGACUAUCAACCGCUGUCGGUGCUAUAUCCCUGGCUACGGCUGCUUGCCUCGCUCUUCCCUACGCACGCUUCGCUGAUGAGUGUUGGUCAAUCGGCAGAGGGUCGCGACAUCCCUGCCUUGCGCAUCGGAGCGCAGCUCGUUGGUAGCUCGACAGACUCGCAUGACACGAAGCAGACACUGCUAAUAGUGGGCGGGAGCCAUGCUCGCGAAUGGAUCUCAGUCUCGACAGUGGCAUACAUCGCCUACAGCCUUGUCACGCGUUAUGGGCAUGAUCAGUUUCCGGAAGUCACGAAGAUUUUGAACCAUUUCGACUUGAUUUUCGUUCCCGUGCUGAACCCUGAUGGAUAUGAGUAUACCUGGACGUCCGACAGACUGUGGCGCAAGAAUAGACAAGCUACGUCUAUUCCAUUCUGCCCUGGUAUCGACCUCGACCGUGCCUUUCAAUUCGGAUGGGACGGCUACGGGAACACAGAUAACGCCUGUAGUGACGAUUAUGCCGGGCCCGGACCGUUGGCUGCAGUUGAAGCGCAAAUAUUGACAGAGUGGGCUCAAAACUUGACGGCUAACAAUAACGUCACAUUUAUGUCGUAUCUAGACUUCCACUCCUACUCUCAGGAAGUGCUCUACCCUUACAGCUACACUUGCGAUACAGAGCCACCAAACCUCGAAGACCUCGAAGAGGUUGCCAUUGGGAUCGCGAAAUCUUUCCGAUUGACCAACGGGCAUCAUUAUGGAGUCGAAAGCGCGUGCCAAGGUAGCAUGGUCUUCCAGGACCGAGCGAACACACCACGAGUCCAGAUAGAGCCACAAGGUGGCUCAGCGUUGGAUUUCUUCUACCAUGAUCUUGAUGUCAAGCUUGCAUUCCAAAUCAAGCUGAGAGACACCGGAACAUAUGGAUUUUUGCUGCCGAGAUCUCACAUUCUUCCCACGGGUCAAGAAGCUUACGAGGGGGUGGUUGGUCUAGGACGAUGGAUGUUGGGCAACCACGGCAUUGAGCGAGUUGAUGAUUUGCAUUCCGUUUGGGGGAGCGAAGAAUUGACGGACCAUCACAAUGCAGAGAUCUCUGAAGAACACGGAGUACCAGUCACAAAUGAGGAAGAGGAUGACGAACUGGGCGAGAAUGAUUUUGAACUAAGACGACGGCGGCGUCGGUAA